GGGAGGCCGGGCCCCGGCGACAGCGGCGCAAGAUGGCGGCCACCACGGGUGCGGGAGUAAAAGUUCCUCGUAAUUUUCGUCUGUUGGAAGAACUUGAAGAAGGUCAGAAAGGAGUAGGUGAUGGAACAGUUAGCUGGGGUCUUGAAGACGACGAAGAUAUGACACUUACAAGAUGGACAGGAAUGAUUAUUGGGCCUCCAAGAACAAUUUAUGAAAACAGAAUAUACAGCCUUAAAAUAGAAUGUGGGCCUAAGUAUCCAGAAGCACCUCCAUUUGUAAGAUUUGUAACAAAAAUUAAUAUGAAUGGAGUAAAUAGUUCUAAUGGAGUGGUGGACCCCAGAGCCAUAUCAGUCCUAGCAAAAUGGCAGAAUUCUUAUAGUAUCAAAGUUGUUCUGCAAGAGCUUCGGCGUCUAAUGAUGUCUAAAGAAAAUAUGAAACUUCCUCAGCCACCUGAAGGACAAUGUUACAGCAAUUAAUUAAAAAAAAUAAUCAUGCCCCCUCUUAUUCAAUUUAAGCUGUCUUCAUUUUCCACAGUAGUAAAUUUUCUAGAUGCAUCUUGUAGACCUCAAAAUACUGGAAAGGAAGUUCCCAUUCAAAGGAAGUUUUUUCUUGAGAUACUGUAAAUGAUACUAAUUUUUUUUUCAUUUGAAAUAUAAGUUGUGCUAUAACAUAUAAUCCUGUUGUGUAACCACUGUCCACAUAGCUGAACUUCUGGUAUCAGGAAAAGUCUAUUUAAAUUUAUUACUGUCAAGACCAGUGUGGCACAUCUAACUUAACUGUGAAAGCAUACAUCCCACAAUCACCUUGCUGUGUGUCUGGCCUGGGUUUUUUCUUUUUCUAUCUUUUGCAAUAGAGUCGAAGCUCAGGGCUAUUUAUUAGAGUAGACACAAAGGUUUUGGCUUCCAGUGCUGCACUGGGCAUUACGGACUACUAAUGGGGAUGUGUGCUAACCUCAGUCAUCCCUCCCUUUGUGCUAUCUCUAGUAAAGGCUGAAUGUGACUGUGGUCAUUUUUGUUUUUGUAUUUCUUUUUUUUUUUAAUGCCCUGAUAAUAUGGGCGAGCUUUCCUUCUUCCCUUUGGCCAAGGCAUAGAUUGUAUUUCUCUUCCCGGGUCCCCUCCCCAGUAACAUGGGCUUUGGGCGAGGGAUUUGGGCUUCUUUUAAUCUCUUCCCCUCUCCGCUGUGGGGGUGCUGCUUUCUUUUUGCCCCUUUUGUGACUCUUCUCACCCCUGGUCAUCAGGGCUGAGCGCUGGGGCAAUAACUUGACCCGUUCCCUCUUGCUUCUCUGUUUUGGUUUUGCAACAAACUUAAGUCUUCACCAGCCUGGGAAAGGAGAGUCUCUGCUCUGCUGGCAAACUUGGAUUUCCCUGCCCUCCGGCACUGCCGCCACACCGCCAAGCUGGCCACGGCUGAUGUUAUUAGAUAGGCUUUGACAUGGUGAAAAGAGCAGUCAUUUACCAGGAUGGCUGAGACCUGCUGCUGCCAAAGUUUUAAUGAGGAAACCGCCCGUGGAGAUUCAAAAUACACACUCCAGUUCAACUAGUUGCAUUUUGGUGCUUCAGAUUGACCCGAGARUGUUAAUUAACUAAGCGUUGCACUUAUGUUUUGCCCUUCUGAGAUCUGACAGCCACAGACAAAUCAAGCUGGCCUAGAUUUUUGUUAGGGUUCUUUAAGUCUUGGAAGAGAAAACUCUUCAGUGAAGAUUUUGGGAAGUGGUGUAAACAGCAGAUUAAGGACCUUUCUUGGCUUUGCAUCCUGGCAAAUCACUGACUUUUCUGUUUUACUGUUUUGGACCACUAAUUGCUGAAAUGUGGAUGCAAGCUUAAAUACGAGCAGCCUAGUGUGUCCUCAGUUUUAUGAAAAAUUCAGUGUUUGUGUAAAAAAAAAGAAAAAAAAAAGAAAAAAAGACAACAAUAAACUCAAUUUAAAGCAGCAGCUAUCAAGUCAAUGAACAAUUGAUGUUUCCAUUAACUCUUUUAAGGAAAAAUAUUAGUUGUAAGGAUUUAACAUCCUCUGUAAUUAAAGUUUAACAUAACAGUAUUCCAUAAGCAGCCUUUUUAUUGUAUCAGACCAUUGCCUGAUUUUAAUAUAAUAAAAAGUGUGCAUUAAUAUUAGAAGGCUUUAAUUGUAUUUAUGUUUAGCAUUUUGCUCCCUUGUGGAAUUCUGGAUUUGUUGGAAGUAUCUUCCUACAGAUCAUGUUGGCUUAGCA